AUGCAACAGUCUUUAUGGAGUAGCAUAGCAAAAUGCUCUAUAUGGUUUACAUAUAAUUACGUUAAAUUACAGUUUUUAGUAUGCUACCCGUAUCCCGUGGAGUGGGGAGAAAGUUAUGCUCGUACCAUGGUGCUGAUGAAGUUCCUGGUCUACUACUCUCUUCCUCUGGCUGUCAUCGCGUUGUUCUACGUGCUGAUGGCCCGGCACCUCGUGUUGAGCACACAGAAUGUACCAGGGGAGAUGCAGGGCACACAGAGACAGAUGCGAGCUAGAAGAAAAGUGGCUUUGACGGUGUUAGCGUUCGUGGUUGUUUUCGCGGCGUGUUUUCUUCCGACACAUGUUUUUAUGAUGUGGUUCUAUUACUGUCCAACAGCCCAAGAGGACUUCAACGCCUGGUGGUCAGCCCUACGUAUAGUUGGGUUCUGCUUCUCAUUCCUCAACAGUUGUGUCAACCCUAUAGCCUUGUACUGCACUAGCGGCAUAUUUCGGAAACAUUUUAACAGAUACCUCUUCUGCCGCACCCCACCAGCACAUGGUACUCGAGGGUCACUAUCAUUGUCGACGUCUCGGAGAUUACACUCAAGUCGGAAGACCAAUAUUAGCAUGGCUCCAAGAACGUAA